CUGACACCGAGCCAAUGGGGAUAAUCUGGGCUGCUGUGGAGGGGAAGGGGCCAGCGCCUCCUUCUCCACAUCCUGCACCGUCAUUGGAAGAGGUACCCACAACCUUCCCAGUAAAGGGAAGCUGGUGGCCUUUGAGUCUGGCUGAGAAAGGAUCACCAAGCUGCGCUCAGUGCAGCUGGAAAUCCUCAGGGCACAGGUCCUGUCGCCAGGAUGGGCAUGGCAGUAGGGCUGCAUGUCACUGUCCUCUCCUGGUACAUCAGCCAGCCCCCGUGUGUCUCCAGGCAGCUGUGAUGGAGCUGGACCUCUGGAGGUGGCCAUCGUGGAGGUUUUGUCCUCCCUCCCAUACUGUAGUACUGGUGGAGUGGAGACCUGGACUGGAUGGAAUCCAAAACCAGCUUUCUCCUCCUUCCCUGGGUCAGACAUUGUGGGAGAGGCUAAAUCUGCUCAGUGCUACUAACAAUUAAUUAAUGACAUCUAGUAGCAGCAAUUAAUUGCUCAUCCUGCAGAGGGUUUAGGACCCUCUAUUUGAGGGACCGGGCAGAAAUAAGCUCACAGUUAUGGGGUAUUUACGCUCCCUGGAGGUGUUGGAAAACACAUUCUGAACACCCAGCUUUGAGAAGUGGCUGCUGAGGUCCAAGGGACCCUUUCCUCCUCCCUUUUCCAUCAGAGAGUAGUGAGCUUUCUCUCUGCCACCCCCUUCUCAGCAGGAGGAGCAGGGAGCAGCUGAGCCUGCAGGAAAGCUGGGCAGAGAGGAGUUAACUUCAAACCCAACCUCAGGGAGAGGGGAAAAAAAACAAGAGAGAACUAUGGAUCAGCAGCAAGAGCAGAGGGAGGGAAAAGGGGGAGUCAGAGAGAGAGGAGAGGAGCUCCAGGAGAAGAGGGAGCAGAGCUGGUGGCGGGCAGGGGGAGGCAGCGGAGCACCAGGCAGGAGUGAUGGGAUGACCGAGCUGCCCAGAUAAACUCUUCUGUGCUCUGCAUCCUCCCGCUACCACUGCGUGGGCUGGACUGGAGGUCUCCCCCUAAGCGAGUGGCAAAGCUGCAGGCUCUUCCUCAAAAAGGUGGCUCCAGGGUCUCUUCCCAUCCUCACCUACCUGCCACCAUCCAGCCCUUGAUCCCCUCUCAGCAUCAGGAAAAGGUCCCUGCAGUCUGACAGGAAGAUGCCAGGGGGAUUGAACAUCUCUUCUGACAGCCCAGAGCUACGAGCAGCAGGGAUUAUUGUGCCCAUCAUCUUCUCCCUCAUCUUCCUUGUGGGUACUGUGGGAAAUGGGCUGGUGCUGGCUGUGCUGCUGUGGAAUGGCCAAGUCAAGUACUCCACCACCAACCUCUUCAUCCUCAACCUGGCUGUGGCCGACCUGUGCUUCAUCAUCUGCUGCGUCCCCUUCCAGGCCACCAUUUACACCCUGGAUGGGUGGCUCUUUGGGGCCUUUGCCUGCAAGGCUGUGCAUUUCCUCAUCUACCUCACCAUGUAUGCCAGCAGCUUUACCCUGGCUGCUGUCUCUGUUGACAGGUACUUGGCCAUUCGGUAUCCACUGAAGUCCCGGGACCUCCGCACAUCCCGAAAUGCAGGAGUGGCCAUUGUGGUGAUCUGGUCCCUGUCGAUGCUCUUCGCAGGGCCUUACCUCAGUUACUACCAGAUAAUCCAUUACCAUGGUGUGCCCAUCUGUGUCCCCGUCUGGGAGGACCAGCGCCGAAAGGUUCUGGACAUCCUCACGUUUGUGUUUGGAUACCUGCUGCCCGUGACCGUGGUGAGCCUGGCAUACUCUAGGACCAUCAAGUUCUUGUGGACUUCUGUAGACCCCAUAGAAAGAAUCUCAGAGUCUCGGAAAGCCAAGCGUAAGGUCACCAAGAUGAUUGUCACAGUGGCCAUCCUGUUCUGCCUCUGCUGGCUGCCCCACCACCUGGUCAUCCUCUGCUUCUGGUUUGGCCACUUUCCCUUCAACCGGGCCACUUACGCUUUCCGCCUGGCUUCCCACUGCCUUUCCUACACCAACUCCUGCCUCAACCCCAUUGUCUACGCCCUCAUCUCCAAGCAUUUCCGCAAGCGUUUCAAGCAGGCCUUCACCUGCCUCUUCUUCCAGAACAAGAUCAGGAAAAAGAAGAAGAAGAGGGUUGGAAGGAAAGUCCAUAUGGUCAAUGUGGAAAGAGGUUUUGCCAACAGGACAGGAGAUUUCUGUGGAGGUAACACUGAGGUGACCCAAGCCCCAGAAGAGAACACCAGGAAGAGGGAUCAUGAAGGUGCCACUCGUACCAGAGCAUGGACUCAGCAGGUACAAGAUGCCAUGGUCUCUGUUCAGAAGGAGCUACUGGAGGAGGAAAUUUUGGCAACAGCUGGCCAUUCCCUAGAUGUGACCCCUCUAAGAGGAACUGUUGGACAAGAUCAAGAAGAAGCCCUAGAAAAGGGCUAGAGAGGCAAAAAAAGUAGUCUCUAUUUGCAUCUAAUUUUCUGACCACAUCACAGUGGUUUUGCUUUCCUCCAGGAUCAUCGUGCCCACGCCUUAUCCCACUGAGAUGGCUUUAUGUUGGCAGUGAGAGAUGAGCUCGCUCAUUCAGACCCAUUAAACUGAGUUCAAGUCCCCCAGAACUCCUCAAACACCUCCUCCCGUGAUCCUGUAAUCAUGUCUGAGACCUGUCAUCAUCCCAGCUCAAUAUUCACAGUAAACUUUAAGUGACUGCAACAGCCUCCUCUUCUUGAAUUACAUAUGGUGUUUUAGUAGUGCUGUGUGGAUCCUGAAUAUGUAACCCUUAAUGUGAGGCAGGUCUGCACCUGUAAUUUCUUAAGAGAAGGUGAAAAUUGGGAAGCUUAGGAAAAAGUGUUUAGGGAAAGCUGUGACAUUGUGGGACAUCCAGCCUUCCACACUGAAGGGGAAACAAUUACAGGUUGUCAUGGCACUUGUAAGUGUCCUGAGCCCUGCAUGGGCUACAAAACCCUCUGGCGUCCUCACUUGUCCCCAUGCAUGGUGCUGGAAGUUGUGUCAAAAGGCGUUUUGGCCCCAGCCAGUGCUGUAGGCAUUGAAGAGUGGGGCUGGGUGACAUCAGGCAGCUUGCAGAGCUGUGAUGUGCAUAAGCAGAGCCAUGAUGUCCUCUUUAUUUCCCUUAUUUUUCUGUUCCCUACUUCUGUUUGCGUAAAUCUUUCCUUUUUGCUUUGUCCUGCCCACUCUUAAUUCCCAGCUGACAUGGUAUUUCUAACGCUCACUGAAGCUGUUGUUCACCUUGCUAGAGCUCAGCUCCAAGGACAUCCCUUUUUCUGUGCACAGGCUAACCGAAGAGGAAGGCCAACAGUGCUGGGAAUUAGUUUUCUUUUUCCAUUCAAAUGCUUGAUGUUGCUUUCUGCACUUUGAGCUUCCCUUGCCUCUCUCCCCGUUUCUGAUUUUUCCACGUCUCUCCUUUCGUGGUGGCUGCCACUCCUCUACAGCGGAUCUCCUUCAGAAACGUGUCCAGUGUGCCUUCCUGGGAACAAUGAGUUCUGCAGUCACCCUCUGCACAUUAUGCCAUGGCUGGUGGCCAGCUCACAUGGUCUCAUCAUUUCUUCAGGUGAAGACUCACUCCACAGCCAAAAACAUUGCAGGGAGAAGGGAACAGCAGUCAGGAGCAAUGACGUGGCACAGCUGGACACUGCCUGUUCUUGCCUAGGAGCAGCCAGGCUGUUGCUCACCCCUGAUCCUGUUCUUCCUGGUCCCAGAUUGCAAAUGGAGCAGGUCAGAUUGGGACUGACUGCUGCACAUUGGGGUGAAGGCUAAAUGAAACAGGACAGAGAGGAUAGGGAAGAUCUUGGGGAGAAGGUGCAUGUAGCAUGACAAGUGGCUGCGAGCCCUGGACCCCUUCACUAUGUUCUGCCUGGUGCUAAGGCCAAUUUUGGAGAGCACAUGAGCAGGAAGGGCAGGUGCUGAGCCUGGGUUGGGAAGGUUCUGGAGCCAGAAGGAAAUUCCUGUCUAUCCAGUACCAGUUUACUUGCUCCAACUGGUUUCUCAGCUCAAAAGCAGAGGUGAAGCAAAGAUGUCACAUCCUUGAUAGAGAGACAGGUUUAAUUAAAACUGAAGGAGUUUGAUUGCUGCUUUCCACGCAGCCUUCCCUCCAGACUGAUUGUCAUUCUGCAGUCUCUGCUCCCAGCUUCUUGCCUUAAUUAAUUACUGUUUUCUCUUAUUUUCUAUCCUACUUUUUAUCACUCAGGCUGACAAGCUCAUCUUUAACCCUGCAGGGUCUGGUUUGCCACAUCAAUACAGUGCAGCUGUUCCAAGAUCUGGAACAGGGUAGAUGAAAUGGGAGAGGUGUGACCAGGUCAGGGUUUCACGUCUAGUGGUAAGCAUCAGCUCUUCUCUGUGGAGUAACUUAGUCCUGCCAACUGUGUGCUGAUUCUGGUGUCUGGCAUCUCCCUGGCACGUGUGACAUGAGCCUGACAUACUGGGAAGUGCCAGACCCAGGCGCCGAGAAGCUCAUCCUGCUUAUGACCCUGUGUGUAAUCUGGCAGCCCUGGGAAGGGAAUUCUGGUUAUUUGCUUUUGGGUUUAGCUGCUGGUUGCUAAUCUAUGACCAGCACUAGCAGGUUGCCAGCUGAUUAUUUUAAUUCUUCCAUGUGCUCUCUUCCCCUCUUAGAGAUUUCAUAAAAAAAGCCCAGAGGAACGCUGUUUGCCGUACAUCUGUUAUCAUCUUCCUAAUCAAAACUUGCUGAUUCCUCCACCUGGUCACCCCAGGGCCCUGACCUGCCCAGGGAUGCUCCCCCAGGCUGGCCAGGCACAAUGCAUGAAGAAGGCAUAUUUUUAUAAGUAUCCUUCUGUGAUGGAAGAGAUCUUUGCUCACAGAGUGAGCGAAGGAAGUAGAUGAAAGGGUGAGAAGUUUGCCAGAGACGCUUCAUGGGGCUUCCUUAGCAGCAGAGAUAAUUGCUGUGCUGGAUUUGAAGUCUGCUAGAAAGGCAAAAGUGGAGGAAGUAAAUGAGUUUAGCUGUUGGAGAUUAAUUAUUUCAGCUGCUGAAGAGCUAAACAAAUUCUUGAUGUUCACACACAUUGCAGUGUGUGCUUUGCACUCGAUUGAGUGGGUGAAGUGACUGCUCCAGAGAAAGGUCAUUUGCUUAGUAACAUCCAUGCAGCUUUGCUGGGAGGCCUUGUCAGAGCUGGUGCCUCUGCUGUGGCUCCUCUGUGAGACACAAUCAGGUUCUCAGCUGUUUGUUUGCUUGGGUCAGAUCCUCAGUCUGGCUGGUUUUGGUUGCCUCUUACAGUACAGCAGCAGCCUCAGAGCCAGGGAGGUUGCUGCUGGGCUCAAUGGCUGGGAAUUCUGCAGAUCACAUGCUCUGAAUUAGGAGGGGAAGUAGAGUGUAUUUGGAGGUCAGGUAGUGGUGAGGGAGAACCAAAGCCUAAAGUCUCAGUUGAUAUCGUGGCCCUGGGAAUGGGGAUUAUUAUUGUCCAGGAAGGGAUCUGGAGGGGGUGCAUUUGAUGGUGUAGCAGAAAGAAAAUGAGGAGUUUGGACUGAUUCUAAUGGCAAAAUAAAUAGCAGAGGGAAACCUGUGCUGUUGUUUCAAUUCUCCAUUACUGCAGCAGACACCUCUGGGAGACACAGACAACUGCCACCAGCCUCACGGGUUGUGCAGGGAAAUCUGUGGCACAGGGUGCAAGGACAGAGGAAAGCUGCUGGGAGAAGCUGAAGCCUCUAGGCCAGAAGCAGAAAGAAAACCAGGCAGUGCCAGUCAACAGCUCUCAGCACAGUGGGAAGCCAUGUUUUCUCCUUCCCUGGAACAGCUUCUUUCCUGCCCAGCACCUAAUUCUCAUUCUGGAUACAGCUGCUGAGCAUGACAGGGUAGAUAAGGCUCUGGGUAUGACUGGCUGAUGCAAAGAAACCUAAAACUUUUCUCCAUCCAGUGCCAAACACAUAAUAUGGCUCAGGGCAGCUUCAAGCCCUAAGGCAGGAAAGCAGAACUGACUGUGGUGAUUCAUAAAAUAUAAUUCCUACAUGAUACUUUUUUUUUUUCUCCACUGAAAACCAGACGUGCUUUUCUCUUCCUUACCUGAUGUUACUGCUAAAGCAGUGGCAAAACUUCCUAUAGCCAUUUGUUUUCUUAUUGCCUCUCCUGCCAUGGUGGGAGCAGUGUGGCAAAAGAAGCAAGGCAAUUGCUCCUGGCUGGCUGCAGCACCCCCACCUUUCCCCUCUGUCAGGAGCUGUUAAGAAAAAACCCAGCACCAGGCAAGAAAAAAGCCUGAAGAGCUGUGGACAGCAUCACGUGUGCCCAGACUAAAAGCUUCACUCUGAGUCUCAGCUAGAUGUGUUCCUGGGUUUGAGGUAAGCUGGUAAGAGGUGUCUACUUAGAGACAACAUCAGCAACUGCAGGAUAAAGAGUGUUUUAGCCACGUGCUCUUCAGGCACCCUAAUGGUCUCCUCAGCAACAAGGCUGCUGAGGGCAGAAGCGCUGGCAGCUGAGUGUAUGUGGACAUCAAACUGGGCUGCAAAGAUGGGAAGAGACAAGGUCAGUAAAGACUGGGCAGGAAGGUCACCUGCUCCUCACACAGGGGCCACACUGGAAGCUCCCUGCCCUGCCCUGUCCUUCUCCAGCCCCUCAUCCUCUUGCUGUCUCUUCACAGCACAGCCAUUUUAUUUGGCAUGGGGCAAGGCAUGACUUCUGCCACUGGGCAAGGCUGCUUUUCCUCUCUGCAAAAUAUCUUCCAGCUUGAAGCACUCCUGCUGGGAUUCCCUUUCCUCUGUUUGUACGGUUUCACAGCAGCCUAGAUUUUAAAUUUGGAUUUCUUGGCUCUGGAAGUCAGGAUCAGAAAAGGUCAGCCAGCAACCCUGUACUUUGAUCUGCAAACAGAGUGGUGAUUGAACUCAAACAACUUUGUGUUGUCACUUCUGAUUUGAGGACCAGGGAUGAGAGUAGCAUUUACCAAGUCCAGUGCUAUGCAUGGGGCCUGGAACAGAUGUAAAGAAAGAGGAAUGGGCUGCUCUGAAAAAGAGAACUUGGCUGAGGAAUCGUAAAAGGCUGACAGGAUUUUAUUGACGUUGAAAAUACAAAAAGGUCAGAUUGUCUCCCACCCUCUCAGCAUCCUUCCCAUCCAGCACAUCAUAAUGAAGUAUCAAUAUGUACAGUGACAGCUCCAGCCCAACCAUGAGACUGCUGCCCCCAGCUGUGUCCUCCAGCAGCCCACAGAUGAACCCAUCUAAAAGUCAUGCCUGUUUCUGGUAGCUCAGCUUUGAACAGAGGUCCACUUAGCCUCCUCCUGGACAAGAGGCAGGUAUCAGAGAGCAUGCUGACCUAAAGAUCUCUGAAGAAUGCUCCAAACUGUGGCUGCUGUGAGACAGGUGUGGCUACCAGCACACCAUGGUGUGGCACACAGGUGGGAACUCGGAUCACUAUUGACAUGUCCCUGUCACCCUGUUGCUGUAGGUGCCCUAUCAACGAGAUUUCCUGGAUCCUGGCUCCACAGCAAAGCAAGCUAAAUCUUUAUUGCUAACCACAGUGGGCAGAAGAGAGAGAGCAGCAAGAGCAUUUCCCUGCAUCCUUCAUAGCUGCAUCACUUCAGACUCCCAGCAUAAGCCACAAUUCGUUUCUCACACUGCACUUAAGGUUCUCCAUGACAAGCAAGAGAUACACAAUGGCUGAGCAAUGGGUUUGGUGCUGCUGAGGCAGAGGUAAAUCCACCUUCAUCCUAGCCCAAUAAUACAGCUGAGUGCACAACACCUCCUGUCACAACUGGACCUCUUUCCUGAGACUGCCAGUAACAGGAAAUACAAAUGUUAGUUAUGGUGGGGCUUUUUUACAAGACGUAGAUGUCUGUCUAGAACUGCAUUAAGACUGUGACCUUCCAAUCCUUAUUCUCACAACAGGGCAGUUCUGACCUGCUAGCUGUGCACCUGGGUAUUUUUUGGAAGUGUUACAAUGUAAUAUUUAAGCACAAACUUGCAGCAGACUUAAAAAAUGGGUCCAGUGACAGGUGUUAGUCUAGCUAUGAAAAACUUUGUAUCUCAUAUGUAACCAGACACAUUCUCUGUCUUCUGACAACAGGCUCUGUGAAAGGUGAAAAUUAAGCCUCAGUGCAUGUUUCUUAAGGCAGAAUGUUUGCUCAGCUUCUAGCAUGCAGAAUUAAAUGUGUGUUCUUCUCAUAGCACAAAGCCUUCUGCUGUUCAAGGCAUUCACUUUC